CCCGAGGCCCCCAGGGAGGGCGCCCGGAGGCAGACCCACACCAUGGCGCACCUGCAGCUGCUUGUCUUGGGCCUCACCUGCUGCUUGGAGGUGGCGAGCGCCGCGAAGCUGGGCGCUGUGUACACGGAAGGAGGCUUCGUGGAAGGUGUCAACAAGAAGCUUGGCCUCUUGGGCGACUCUGUCGACAUCUUCAAGGGCAUCCCCUUCGCUGCCCCCACCAAGGCCCUGGAGAACCCCCGGCCGCACCCCGGCUGGCAAGGGACCCUGAAGGCCAAGGAAUUCAAGAAGCGAUGCCUGCAGGCCACCAUCACCCAGGACAACACUAACGGGGAUGAAGACUGCCUCUACCUCAACAUCUGGGUCCCCCAGGGCAGGAAGGAAGUCUCCCGGUACCUGCCCGUUAUGGUCUGGAUCUACGGAGGCGCCUUCCUCAUGGGGGCUGGCCACGGGGCCAACUUCCUCGAUAACUACCUGUACGAUGGGGAGGAGAUCGCCACGCGUGGCAACGUCGUCGUGGUCACCUUCAACUACCGCGUUGGGCCCCUCGGCUUCCUCAGCACUGGGGACGCCAACCUGCCAGGUAACUAUGGCCUUCGGGAUCAGCACAUGGCCAUCGCCUGGGUGAAGAGGAACAUCGCGGCCUUCGGGGGGGACCCCAACAGCAUCACCCUCUUUGGGGAGUCGGCUGGAGGUGCCAGCGUCUCUCUGCAGACCCUCUCCCCCUACAACAAGGGCCUCAUCCAGCGAGCCAUCAGCCAGAGCGGUGUGGCGCUGAGCCCCUGGGUCAUCCAGAAGAAUCCACUCUUCUGGGCCACAAAGAUUGCUGAGAAGGUGGGCUGCCCCGUGGACAAUACCACCAGGAUGGCCAAGUGCCUGAAGCUGACUGACCCCCGAGCCGUGACUCUGGCCUAUAAGAUGCCCCUGACAGGCAUGGACUACCCCAUGCUGCACUAUCUGGGCUUCACCCCUGUCAUCGACGGAGACUUCAUCCCCGACGACCCUGUCAACCUGUACGCCAACGCCGCCGACAUUGACUACAUAGCGGGCACCAACAACAUGGACGGCCACAUCUUUGCCAGCAUCGACAUGCCAGUCAUCAACAAGAACAACAAGGAUGUCACGGAUGAGUCCUUCUACAAGCUGGUCAGUGGGCUCACCAUCACCAAGGGGCUCACAGGUGCCAAGUCCGCCUUCGAUGUCUACACUGAGCCCUGGGCCCAGGACUCGUCCCAGGAGACCAAGAAGAAGACCGUGGUGGACUUUGAGACCGAUAUCCUCUUCCUGGUGCCCACCAAGAUUGCCCUGGCCCAGCACAGUGCCAAUGCCAAGAGCGCCAAGACCUACGCCUACCUGUUUUCCCAUCCCUCUCGGAUGCCUGUCUACCCCAACUGGGUGGGGGCCGACCACGCCGAUGACAUCCAGUACGUCUUCGGGAAGCCCUUUGCCACCCCUCUGGGCUACCGGCCCCAAGACAGGACUGUCUCCAAGGCCAUGAUCGCCUACUGGACCAACUUUGCCAGAACUGGGGACCCCAACACGGGCUCCUCGGCUGUGCCCACGCACUGGGAACCCUACACCACAGAAAAUGGUAACUACCUGGAGAUCACCAACAAGAUCGAUGGCAGCUCCAUGAAGCAGCACCUGAGGACCAGCUACCUGCGGUACUGGACCCUCACCUACCAGGCACUGCCCACAGUGGCCGGCGAUGGGGCUACCCCCGUGCCCCCCCUGGGUGACUCUGAGGCCACCCCUGUCCCCCCAACUGGUGACUCCGAGGCCGCCCCUGUAACACCCACGGGUGACUAUGAGGUCACCGCCGUCCCCCCCACUGGUGACUCCGUGGGGGCUCAGAUGCCCACACUCAUUGGCUUCUAGUAUCCCAAGAGCCUUGGCCCCAAGAGGCCACAGGGUGGGACCCCAGGGACCCUCCUCCCCUCCUGGGCUCUUCCUCAAUAAAACCUCAUCUCUGUC